AUGUCGGAAUUGGUGCUUCAUCUUGAUAAGUGGGUUGUAUUUGAUAUUACUGUUUCUUCAGAUCGUCAUUCGUCAGUGAUGUUGUAUGUAGUUCACCCUUUUGUGAAGGUGUUGUUUGCUAGUGAUCUGGUAUCACCUAUUUUCUGGAGGCGUCAUUUGCUGGUGGAUGAAAUUGUGUGUGGUUUACAAAGCAUCAUUUGCUGGGUAGCUAUAUUAAUUGUGGAUUCAUCUCUUGACAAUUAA